ACUUCCCCGCCCGGUAUCGAAGGACUCUCGACCAUUCGCGUUCGGCUUCGAGGUUCUGAGGUGUGAGAUUGGAAACGAUGGGAGCGAUGUGGAGUUUGCUUUGGGGUUGGUGGACUGCCGGGACUCAGACCGUAGGUCCCCUAAAUGCCAGCGUGAGCAGCGUCCAGUAUGCAGAAAACGGUGACCUUGGACCUGAGGGCGAUGUGGCUGACCCGACAACAGGCCUGACCUUGCGCCACCGAACCGCUAUGGUCCGUACCUGGGACAUGGUUCGACCCGACAUGAAGGUGCACGGGAUCAAUUUUUUCAUAGAACUUUUCCGCACCGAGCCCGAACUACAGACCAGGUUUAAAGGUUUCGCCGACAAGUCCGCAGAGGAACUGAAGACGAACAAACGCCUUGCUGCCCACGCAUCCACGGUGAUGUUGGCAAUCACGGGUCUCGUCGAUAACCUGGACGAUGUGACUUGCUUGGUGGAAAUGCUGAACUCCACGGCUGUCAACCACAAGAGGAGAGGCAUUCCUUUCAAGGACUUCGAGCUCCUCGCGCCCGUGCUGGUGAAAUUCCUGAAGGACAGCUUGGGCUCCGCGUGGACUCCUGUGGCCGAGGAGGCGUGGGUCCAGGCGCUGAAGGUCAUCAACUCUGUCAUCUCCGGCACUUAUGACAGCUCGUAGGAGUCGGGGGCGAAGGAGAGGGGAAUGCAUGUGAAAGGGAGGAAGGAAGGAAAAAAAAAAAGAAGGAAAGGGAUGAAGAGAGAACAGAAGGAAGGA